AUGUGCCUCCGCCGUGGUAUUCAGCACGCCAAGUCUAGUACAGAAGUUAGCCUUUACGAAGCCUGUCUGCACAUGCUGGCCGGGCAGCAAGAUUCCGCCACGUCUCGGGACUCCGAGGUUGUCACCGUCAGCCACGAAACUUCGAACUCCCGAUCGCGAACGCUCGCGAGCCGCACGAGUGCGGGAAGUACAACCGAGCAGGAGACGGUCGAAGUCCAUGGGAUAACAGUCGUAGAAGAAAAGAAUAAAGACCCGUCUUCCGUGGGAGGCGAAGUAGCUGGUGUAAAUAAUAAACUCGUGGCAGCGCCGCGGGGAACACAUACCGACAAAAUAUCGGCUGAGCAAGCGGCGCAAGGGCGAAAGACACUGACUUUCCCGCAGCCGAAGGCAUUGCCCGCCACCCUCGACGACUGUCUCCGCCCCCUCAUGGAGGAGGGCACCAGGCACCUGGCGUACGUCCGCGCCUUGAUGCAGCAGAAAGUGAGAAGAAUGCUUUUCGUCGUCGAGAAGUACCAGUGGCGGCGGUUUUUGGCGAAACUACGGGCUGCGCGACGCCGCCACCACCGGCAGUUGACGCGAUUCCACGGCUUCGCGCCCGACCAAGGUCCUCUGUUGGAGUCCAUUCUGCUUGCCGGCGCGUCCGGGAUUCGCACCCUGUUUCCCAAAUCGUUCUUCGAGCGCUUUUUUUCCAGCACCGGAACCACGAAGAAGAUUGGCGAUCAGAGGUUCUUCCUGGUUCUCCGCAAAUACAUUAACAUUCCGAGCAGCUUCGACAGUUCCCGGGAGAUGCGGCUCGGCCCGUCCGCCAGCGAGGAGGUGACCACGUCCGUGCUCGCACUCUACACGUCCCGCGACGCCUAUUUCCGCGGCACGCAGCAAAACCCGUUUGACCACGUGGUUGCCGAGCACCUCAACAGCCACGGCACCACGUCUCUGCGCGAGCGACGGUCGGGAGCCUCGGCGUUGACCACCAUGAAGAACGCUUUGUACAACACUGUGAUGUCCCGUGGCCGCGGCCGCGCGUCGCUCAUCUCGAACCUGCCGACAGAUGGAGACAAGAACGCCGGGACAGACGGUGCGGUGGUGAUUGUGGACUUGCGAAACAUCUUGGGCUUCAUCUACGGACCCGCGUGCUUCCCGAACUUUUCCCGGUGCAUCCUCCAACGCAUCGCGACCAACGCAAUCACGAUCGUGUACCGGCGCGGUUCGGGGCCGGAGUCAACCACGCAGAUGUCUUCCGCGGAUUGGCACCCCGCGAGCGCUAGGGGAGAACAAAACGCAGCGAAGAAGAGCCACGGCCCGCAGUCGGAAUCUACUAAUCAGCGGAAGUACUUGUCUCUAGUUUUCCAAGAUUUCGACCAGUUGUACCACUGGGUAACCGGUUUGCAGAUGAACGCGACGCUGCGCGGCUACGCGCCGCACUGCGUGACCAUUCCCCCGGGCAAGAUCUUGUGGCUGCGAGUCUUGUACAGUCUGCGGCAGAAGCUGAAUCGGCCACAUUUCUCCUUUGCCAAGUGCGUCAACGGCAUGUGGAGUCAGGUGAGGUUGGAUCCGAGCUACGCGGCGACGCGGAUUUCACGACAGAGAACCGGGGGUCUGUCGGGACUCAUGGGCGCGACGAGCAGUGUCAGCUUGUUGGGAUGACGAGACGGGAGAGGCAUCUUAUCUUUGCAGAUCUUCAGGGCGGUGUAAGAAGUCGAAGCAUGCCGCGCAUAUUAGAUGGGGUUUCUGCAGCCAAACUUGUUCUUGUCGAAUCACAAAUGUACCGAGCAGCACGACCACGCUGACAGAUUUCGAUCCACCGCAACAGAAUUGAGUGGUUAGAUUCCCUUCAGUUCUACAGUUCUUCAUGUUUCAGAAGUAGAAUAACAGUUCAACUUCAAAAAGAGUUUGAGCUUUGUUGAUUGCAGCGCCG